AUGGUCUGUUCAUAUCUAUCUAUCUAUCUAUCUAUCUAUCUAUCUAUCUAUCUAUCUAUCUAUCUAUCUAUCUAUGUAACUUUUGUGUUCAUCUCUAUCCCAGACUUCGUAUCUAUCCCAGAAUUUUUUCACCCAUUUAGUCGCCUUUCUUUCUUUCUUUCUUUCUUUCUUUCUUUCUUUCUUUCUUUCUUUCUUAUUCCCGCAACAGCAUCUAAUAAUAAUAAUAUUAUUCACUCUCGUUCUUUCCCUCUAAGCGAUUUGGGCAACAACUCUCUACCUCACCGUCUUUAUCAUACUGACGCAUUCGUUUUUGCUCCAUUUUGUCUUCUUCGUUUUUGGCUGCACCUUCCCAGUGUAACGAAACACCUACUCAUCUACUCCUUUGCAGGUAUAGACAUCAACCCCCCACCCGCCCAUCGCAUCUGUCAUUACCUCCUUCAUAUGCAUUUCGCACUCUUCUCUCAACUCCCACCCACCACUUCGUUUUGGUUCGUUUAG